AUGAUGAAGAUCUCGCCUGGGCGAGCCUUGAAGCUGUUCUUGAAGUUGUUGUUCUGUUUCUCGUUUGUCCCACCCACUGUUUGGUUGGCGCUUCCCUUUACUACCGUCUCGGUCGAAGAACGGUCGACGUACAUUCAAAACGCUCUCGCAUCCGGACAGACAGUGGUUACUGCCUGGGAUGCAAAACCAUUUAUAAAAACGGACGAGGAUGCUCUCGACGAGGGAUGGUGUUCUGAGUGCACUUCUGUCUUGUUUCAUUGGCAGUUUGCUCGUGUUGGCGAUGAAGUCCAUUUAUUUCUGGCACCACGCCACACAGACAAUGAACACAGAGCCUUCGAGCUACGAGCACAUUUCAAAUCUGCGAGCGAAUGGAACCAACGCGCAAGUGGUGGUCAUAACGAGAGCUGGUCUCCAUACUUUGCUGAUCUCUGGUCGACGCCAAUCACCCUUGCUGGUGCACGAGAAGACAAGCGCAUCAGCCAAGGUUGGUUCCACGAGAUCGACCGCCACCUAAUUCAACAUACGCUUCUCGGAUGGACAACCAAAGUCGAUAUCCGCGCCGUCCUUCCAGCGCCUGGCCGUAUUGAGUUCUGGAGAGGCGUGGCUAUCGACCGCGCGUCCAACCACAUCUCUGAUGACUGGGACGAAAUACUCAACAAGAAUAACGUACUUCAAAAUCAUACUCAGGCAGUUGAGGUAUACAACCAGAUGAAGCGUGCCGAGCGGGACGUAGACCUCGUGGCAGCAUUCGAAGCCUUCGAGAUUGCCGACGCCAGGAACAUUGUGGUCAAGGAACUCAAAGGCGACCUUCCAUCACGAACCUGGCCCUUUCGCAAGGAGCUAUUAACAUGGGUACCUCGCUUCAUCGUAGGACCCGUCAUGCUAUUCAAAGCCGCGGAUGAUGUCCUCGCUCCUCGCUUUGCGGGCUUUCUCAUUUUCUUGAUGACCUUUCCGCUCAUCUACGUUGGGGUCGUUGGCUGUUGCUGGAUAUCCGCUGGAGGUCCGAAUAUUGCCAGAUGGGUCUCGAGAUUCUGGAUGACCCGAUAUCUGGUGCCACACAGACUGCGGAGAGCGCCUGACACCCAUCAGAUCUGGGGAGCAUCUGGACCUGUUGAUUCGGUCUUUGAUGCGGGGAAGUCUGAGGGAUGA